AUGGCCGUUGAUAAUGUUCCCCUCAACUGCGGCUAUGCUGGCAACACAACGGAUAUGGAUAACCGCAUGUGGAUUGGAGACAUGGAGCCCUCCAAAUUUGCUCCAAUAGAAGAACGUAACCAGAAAUCUAUUACCUCUAAAGCCCAAAGCCAAGACUCAUAUGUCGAAACUGUCCCCUACAUGACUGCCCGUUUAUCCUAUUCCCAAUUCACCUACGUAUUUCCUGUCACCUCCGGUCCUAAAUUUGUUCGUUUGUACUUUUACGCAGAUUCAUACUCUGGUUUUGAUGGAUCUCUGGCCUUUUUUACAGUCAAAGCAAACAGCAAGUUCACCUUACUUAGAAACUUCAGUGCUUCCAUUCUUGCUAAUUACUUGGGGGGCUCAAAACGUCUUUCUAAAGAGUUCUGCAUCAACGUUGAAGAGGAUCAAAACUUGAAUUUAACAUUCAUUCCAACGCCAAGUACUGCUUCUAGCAGAUUCUUUGCUUUUGUUAAUGGAAUUGAGAUCGUCUCCAUGCCAACGUACCUCUACUAUAGCAGUCCAGAAAAUCCAAGCCCCCCUUACGUUGGCCAAAAUGUUCAGUUCUCUAUAGACAACUACAGGGCACUCGAGAUGAUUCUUCGACUCAAUAUGGGCGGGAGCUCGAUAUCGUCGAAGGGAGACACUGGCAUGUUUAGAGAAUGGUCCCAAGAUAGCCCAUACUUGUUAAGUGGUGGCGUGAUCCCCCGCCAGCCAGAUUUGACGCUCAAAUACUCAGUAAUACCAAAUUACACUGCCCCCGAUGACGUUUAUCGGUCUGCAAUCACGAUGGGUCCAAACAUAACUUGGAACUUGCUUUCUAAUUUAACAUGGGGUUUACCCGUAGAUCCGGGGUUUUAUUAUAUGGUCAGGCUUCAUUUCUGCGAAAUCGAGCCAAGUAUAACGAUGGCCGGCGAAAGGCCAUUCAUUAUCUAUAUAGAUAAGAAGAAAGCCGAAAGUACCGCUGAUGUAAUUAUGUGGAGCGGAGGAAGGGAUACGCCUGUGUUUCAGGAUUAUGUAGUUCUGAUCCAAAAGAUGGGAGUUGAGGAUCAUAAGAGUACACUCUUUAUUGCUCUACACCCUGGAAAAGCUACCAAUGCAAUCUACGAUGCCAUUUUAAAUGGGGUCGAAGUGUUCAAACUGAGCGACAGCAAUAACAACCUAGCUGGACCCAAUCCUGCCAGUACUUUGCUGCCCUCUUCACCUCCAGCUCAAUAA